CCGCCUCAUUAAUAACAGGAAGUCAGUGUUUCUGUGAGCCGACGAGCUGAACUCAGACUUUUCACUUAUACCACGUCUUAUUUCUUUCUUUAUUGUAUUUAUUUAUUUGACCUGCACAGUGAUUUUAUUUCUAUAUGUAGAUAUUUGAUAUUGUGUAACUGAAGCUGUGUCCACGUUUGAUCUCAAAGUGACACAUGGACUCUGUGUCCUCAGUUUCCCAGCAUGCCUCGGCUGUGGAGCUGUAUGAGGGAGAGCUGUUUGUCCUGCUGCCCUGUGAGUUUCCCACUUUUGAACUGGACAGCCCCACAGUGGUGUGGAGUCGCUCCGACCUCAGUCCUCCAACCGUCCACCAGCUUCAAGGAGACGAACUGAAAGAUCCAAACCAGCGUUACAGCGGCCGAACAUCCAUGAAGACUGACGCUCUGGAAACUGGAGACCUCAGCCUGAACCUGACCAACCUCCACCUGUCUGACAGCGCCACCUACACCUGCUCCGUCACAUCAUUUAGACUGAGAGAUGUCCCACUGCAGGUCAAAGAACCAUUUCCAUCCUGGGCCACAGCGCUGCUGGUUCUCCUGGUUCUGCUGGACACAGUGGAGGCUCUUCAGGCUCUCUUCUCCACUCUGGUGUUCAGUCCUGAAGGUUGGAGCACAGGGACAGUUCAGGCUCCAGCAGUCAGCUGA